GAAACCGUUUAUUUUGCGACUCUCGAGAUUGCGAGAGAAGCUAGUCCGCGUACAAACAUGUGAAGGACAAAAAUAAGACUUUUACAUGUGGCCGUCAUGAGUAGUGGCCUCCGCUACCAGGUUCCCGCGGCGGCGCCAAGCUUUGACAGCUUCAAGAAGAAGGAUUACAGGGCAUCGAGUUCGGAUCAUGCAAAGCGUCGGGAUGAUCGGGAGGACGGACCCUCGCAGAGCAACUUCAGGCGACCAUUGCCUGACAUGUCGGAAAGUUUCAUGGCUAGGAGGAGACAGGAACGGGAGAAAAUAGGCGCCCAGGGUGUGCGCAGUUUGUGGGGAGAGUCUCCAGACAGGCCACUCCAUUCAGAUGAAGAACAAAGCAGCAAGAAGAAGGCAAGGACAGAAUCGUCCGAUGCCCAGAAAAAAAGCAAAUCGAAGAAACGUAAGCACAAGCACAGCAAGGAGUCCUCUUCACACAAAAGCAAAAAACGCAAAAAAGAAAAAAAGAAGCACAAAAAGAAAGAAUCAAAGAAAAAGGCGAAGAAACACCACCAUCGACGCAAGAGCAGCUCCUCCAGUUCAUCCAGUACUUCAGAGUCUGAACAAUCGGACACUGAGAAGAGCAAAGCUGGCAACAGCGAGUUUGAGAUGUGGGUUGACAAACGAAGAGAAAACAAUUUUGAUGAUGAUGACGAAAUAAUCGGCCCCCUUCCAAAGCAGCACGUUCAACUGUCUGCUAAAGAUUAUGGCAAAGCUUUGCUGCCAGGAGAAGGUGCUGCAAUGGCUGCGUAUGUGGCAGAGGGAAAACGUAUUCCGAGGAGAGGUGAAAUUGGCCUCACGAGCAACGAGAUUGAGUCGUUUGAGUCUGUGGGAUACGUCAUGUCUGGCAGCAGGCACCGCCGCAUGGAGGCUGUGCGUCUGCGUAAGGAAAACCAGAUCUACAGUGCCGACGAGAAGAGAGCUCUGGCCAUGUUCAACAGGGAGGAGCGCCAAAAGAGGGAGACCAAGAUUCUGUCCCAGUUCAAAGAAGUCAUCAAGGCCAAGCUGCACAGCGAUAGAUGAAGAAUAGCUGCACAGACAGCCUAUUUCAUGUGUACAUCAUUAGUUUGUGCGGACGUUUUGCAGAGGGAUGGAGAAAAAUUUUCACUUGUGUAAUAGAGAACUAUAAGCAUGUUAUUGACAUUUACCAUAAAUGUGCAUGUUGGUUGCAUGCAUGUAUAAUAAACUGCUCUCAUGCCUUGCGCACCAUGAAUGUGUCUAA